AUCACAUGUUUAACUUGUUUUCGAAAAUAGGUUAAGUGCACAUGUAGAAGGCACAUGUUGUUUCGCGUAGAUAGUAUAAUAUAUUUGAAUAUAUAAAUAUAUUUGAAAAUAUAUCUAUAGGUAUAUUGAUUGUGAAAUCAAAGAAUAUGACGGGAGUACAAGAGGGCCGCGGGAUGAAACGAAAGAAGAAACGUUCUCAUACGCAAAUGGUGAAAAAAUUUGCUCGUCAAAGAAACUCUGGCAACAAUUUGGAUCAGGAUACUUAUCAAUACAUGAUUCGCAUUGUCGAGUUGAUGCGCAAAGAUUUCUCUUCAUCUGAGGAAAAACUGAUAUUCGCACAGAACGUUUAUGAGGAGAUGAUAGGUCGCGAAAUUGAUUGUGCACGAAAUCAAAUCGGAUCUUACGUCAUGGACUCUCUUUUGAAAUACGCUAGCUUGGAAGCAGUUCAGAAAUUGAUACAGGCAUUUGAAUCCUCUCUGAGGCAAUUGAGCAGUGACAAAUCCGCUAGUCAUGUUUUGCAAAAAAUAAUAAUGGUCUGUGCUGAUAGAGGCAAUCAAGUCUCUAUGUCAAAUAAAGUUGCAACGAAUAAGACAGAAUUUGGAAAAACUAUUGACGCUGUCGUUGAAGUUAAGCCAUCUGAAGUAGACUCUUACAACAAUAUUGUUCUGAAGUUGAGCAAAUAUUUUCUUAAUAAUAUAGAGGAGUUUGUGUUUGAUACUUAUGCAAAUCAUGUGUUACGGACAGUUAUCAAAUGUCUAGGAGGAUUAAUUGAGGACUGUGAAAAUAAUAAGAAAUCUACUGUGCCAUCUCUCGCAGAUAGGCGUCCUGUGAUACAAGAUUAUAAAGAUCUGUUGAUACAAAGUUGUGAUCGGUUGCAAAAAUGGCCACAAUUCCAUCAAUUUGGGCAGCAAGAAAUUACUUCUGGUUUAGUACAAUGUAUCUUGUAUUCCUUGAAAGACAUUGACCAAAAUUUAACAAAAGCCAUUAUCAACAAAAUUAUACAAGAAUGUUUUAAAACAGAAGAAAACGAGAAACUACCAAAUAUAUUUAACACAGAGUCCUCUAGCAGAAUAUUGGAAGCUUGUCUAAUGGUAGCACAGCCGAAAACUUUCAGUAAACUAUAUAAUAUAUAUUUUGCUGCACAUUUGAAACAUUUGUGUUUGUCACAGAAUACCAAUUUUAGUGUGCAAAGAUUAUUAGAUUAUUGCAUUACUAAGGAACUCUUUGAAGAAAUAUUUGACAAAGUGUCAGAAUACUUUCCAGAAAUCCUUAAACAGGGUUUCACUGGGAUAUUAGUCAGUACUGGAAAUGCAUGUUUAAGAUUGCAAACAAAACAAGGUGCAUUUGUCAACGCAAUGAUCAAGCUGCUGAAAUGCGAUACAUCUACAGAGGUGCAGACACAACUCGUAUGGUGCUUAGUAACUUUGAAAAAUCCAGAUCAACUAAAAGCUAUGCCAAAUAAUUCACGACCACUCAAUUUACAUGGAAGUUUAAUAAUACAAGCUAUACUGAAUUUCAACAAACCCAUCAAAAUUGCGAAUUCCUUAUUGGAAAUGAACAAUGAAGAAUUAUUGCAAUUAUUCAGCGAUCCAAAGGGCAGUCGAAUCCUGGAUGCUUUCAUGGACAGCAAAUACAUUGGCGAAAAGAGCAGAGAGAAAUUAUGUAAAAAAUUGCAAGGUAUUUGGGCAGAAUUAGCGAAAAGCACGCACGGAUCUAGGUGUGUUGACAAAAUGUGGAUAUGGGCACGUAUGAAUCAAAAACUCCUCAUUAUGGAGGAGCUAGCGGCGGCUGGCAAAUCUUUAGAAUCCACAAAAUCGGGCAAGAUUAUCUCUGCAAAAUUAAAUGUUCCAUUAUUCGCAAGAAAUAAAAAGAAUUGGUCGGAGUCGCAAGGUAAAGAGGAGAAAACUAAAACGUUAUUUGCAGGUAUUAUCGGAAAGACACCGGAAAGUCUUAGGAAAUAAAAAUUGGGAAAUAUAAUAUUGCACGUCAGAAUAUAUAACAACUUCUUGUAUAUAUUUAUUAAAUAAAUCGUAAAAUAUUUGUA